AUGCCCACCUCCUCCAGGUGGAUGCGAGCAGGGAGAGGUGGAAGAAGGCCUACGUCGAGCUGCCUCCCGACACCUGAUGCUGAUGGAGCUGACAAGACUGAAGAAGAAGAGAACCCUAUGAUGGAGACUGUUAGAAGUAAAUGCAUCACUCAGCUGCUGCUACUUGGGGCUAUUGACAGUAUACAGAAGAGGUAUUGGAGCAAACUACAAGCCACACAACAGAUCGCAAUUAUGGAUAUCCUGCUCUCGCUCCUAGAAUUUGCUUCUUCAUAUAACUCACCAUCGAACCUUCGGACAAGGAUGCACCAUAUACCGCCAGAAAGGCCACCACUAAAUCUUCUUCGCCAGGAGCUAGCUGGAACUAUUGCGGAACUGGUUUUGUUGCUUUUCGCAUCCACGUGGGAAUUGGCCUUUACGGUGCAGGAUCCAGAUUUUGUUGCUUUUCGCAUGGCCGCUAUAUCAGAAACUUCUCAAGGAAAUUUGAUUUUGCUCUAG